AUGGACGGUGAGUUUUCGCGUUCAAAAACGCAAAAAAGAGAACAACGGUCCGAAAAAUCAGUUGCUCCCGUUUUUAUUUCGAAAAGCAAUUCGAAACCAGACCGACAUCCCGGUUUUUAAUACUAAUAUUUCAGAAACAGUGAUGUUAUUUCAAUGCUGAAAGGAAUUUUCGAGAAAUUUCUCAAAAUUACUUCUUUCGAUGUAGACUGCCCAAAACAACGAAAACUUCCAAACUAUCUCCAUCAAUACCUUCCUAAUUUGCAGCUCCUCGCCCUCAAACCCGCUUUCCCGUUCCUUUCGCGGCCAUUUGUCACUCAUUCGCCCCGUCUUGCCUCCUUUCCUCAUUUCUUCCCCGACUGGACGGCUAAACGGCCUUGGCUUUGCUCCAAUUCGCUCUGUCUCCCUCUUUCUCUCUUUCUUUUCAAUCGAUUUUCGGCGAAAUUGUUUCGAAAACGGAGAGACGCAGAGUUUGCGCUCACGAGACGCUCACGACGAGAGAGCACUGGGAACGGAGAGGUUGCGGAGAGGGAGACAUAGAAAAAAGGGUCACUCAUUCGGACGGACAAACGAAUGCGAGCGUGUGUGUGUGUGCUUUCCGUGUCUCCGCGACAUUUUUUGACCCGAUUUUCUAUGUUUUCUCUGCGCUUCGCACUGAUUUUCCGACCAAUUGAUGAUAGUAAUUAGGGAAACGUUCAGCUAGACAUUGUCGAGAAGCAGGUGAUUCCGAUUCGAUUCAAUUUCCGAUUUUUUACACUUUUUCUUGAAAAGCUUGCAAAAACAGGUGCACAUGCUCUUUUUCCAACCUUUUCCGAAAUUUCUAGGCCUUGCGUUUUCUGGUUCUCUAAAAAUUGGCAUUUUUCUGGCUAGGACGAGUAUUUACAAGGAACAGGAUUCACGAGCUGAAAAUUCGUUAUUUUUCGAAAAAACUGGAAUUUCAGUUCUAUUCCUUGAGCUUUCCCACUCGUACUUCAAUUCUACAGCCAGCUAGUAGUAUUUGGCCGCAAAAAAUCCCAAAUAUUACACUUUUCUAUCUCUUCCUGCGUCUCCGUUUUUUCCUCUAUGAAUAUUCAUUUCUUUUCUCCCUUUUGUUAUCCGCUCCGUUCCUCUCCCAUUUCUCUUCCACUCCGCCGCACAAUAGCGGAAAACGAAUAAAGCGUGAAAAAUGGCGGCUUUUCCUAGCUCUUAACUGGUUUUCUCUAUUUCUCCAGCUUUUUACGGGGGGCGUGGCACUAAAAAAAGUAUUCGAGAAAAUGACGCCGUUCGAUGCAGCGUUUCAAAUAAGACCAAGGUUCAAUUGCUCAAACUGGCAUGAAAAGUGCUAACCCCGCCCCUUUCAAGCCAUUUCAAGACACUCUGACCUAAUAAAUCUUUUUUUUCAAAUUUUUAAUAAUCGAACCUCGGUCUUAUUCUCAACGCUGCAUCGAAUGGUGUCAAUUCUUUUGUUCCACGCCCCCUUCAACCAGAAACAGUUUUUCCUUUCGAUUCUCUCGCGUAAAAUGUGUCAAACUCGGAAUACGAACUGAUAAUAACGCGUGGCCAGCACUUGCAGAACAAAUGGCCGACGACUAUUCGGAGGAGAAGCCCGCCUUGCAGCAGGGACUCAAACGGACGCAAGACGCGUCGGACGGGCCCGCCAACAAAAAGGCGCACUUUGGACAGAACGACGACGACGGCUCGGGCGACCAUCUGGCGAUCAAGAUUCUGAUUCCGUCGAACGCGGUCGGCGCGAUCAUCGGAAAGGGCGGCGAGGCGAUGCGCAAUCUCAAGAACGACAAUAACUGCCGCGUGCAGAUGAGCAAGAACAGCGAGACUUAUCCAGGUACGGGGAGAAUUGGGGAAAUCUAGAGAAAAAACGACAAAUCUCGUCGAGUGUCUCCCAGAAUCUAGUAAAAAUGUGUACAUUUGUUUUGCAGGAACAUCUGAGCGCAUCUGCCUGGUGAAGGGCCGUCUCAACAACAUAAUGGCGGUGAUCGAGUCGAUCCAGGACAAGAUCCGCGAGAAGUGCGCCGACCAGACGGGCUCCGACGCGUUCGACCAUAAGAACACGUCGCGCGGCGCCGAAAUCAAGAUUGUAAUGCCGAACACGUCGGCGGGCAUGGUCAUCGGAAAGUCGGGCGCCAACAUCAAGGACAUUCGCGAGCAGUUCGGCUGCCAAAUCCAAGUGUACCCGAAGGCCGGCUCCACCGAAGCCAAGACCUCGCUCGAGAGAGUCGUCACUGUCGCCCACGACGAAUCCGGGGUGAGCGCCGCGUUUUUUCUUCGGGAAAUUGAGAUUUUUAAAAGAACUACUAGCAUUUCAAGACAUCGGGUGUAAGUGCCGCAUAUCCAAUCAGAAAUUUGAGAAAACUAUAAAAACAUUCAGAAAUUUCCAAAUUGAUGUAGCCAAAGACUUCCCUUGUAAAGAAAAUUCAUGAAAAUUAUCUCACAUUCCCUUUUUCCAGGCCCUGAUCCAAGCGGCCGCGCGUGUUCUCGAAAAGGUGGCCUCGGACCCGCACCACUCUUCGGAAAUCAACAAGGAGGACUUUGGAAAGGGCUCCGGCCCGAACGGAUCUUCCGGAUCGGGGCCAGUCGGAGGACCGGGCGGACCACCGAACAACGCGCCGUUCUCCUCGACGCCAGCCUUCAACGGUUCGCAAAUGAACAUCGGAUCGGCCGGAUUCGGGCCUUCGGGACCGGGCGGAUACGGCGGACAGCAGCAGUUCGGAGGGCCCUCUUUCGGAAACGGAGCACCGAAUGCAAAGUAUCCGAUGAGCGGACUGGGAAACAACGAACUGCUCUCGUUCCUGGACAACCUGCAGUCGACACUGCGCACCUCCGGAUUCAACGAGCAGAGUGUGUCGGAAGUGAUGCAGGCGAUGCAGGUAAUUGUUUGGAAGUGACAAAUGAUCGGAAAACAGCAAAAAUGGCGGAUUCCGAAAGGCCGGACACGAACAUGUAUCUUUAAAGGAAUGGAAGAGAAACUGCACGCUAGACCAUCUAAUUGAUAGCAGCAUUCUGACUUUUUGACGAUUUUUCAGUAUUCUUUCAGUGAUAAUCGACGUGAAAACAUAAAAAAAAACAGUUUUUAAGUUUUUACUGAAAAAUCGGUCAAGUUUAAGGAAAAACGCGAAAAAAAAUAAUGGCCUAGCGUACGGUUGCUCUUCCCUUCCUGAAUGAGCGAAAUUUUUGAAAUUCUGGUUAUAAAAUGUGAGCGUAGUCAGUUACUAGUCCUAAAUUGCUUGCAGGUGCUCGCCAAAUACAAUAUCAUGGGCCUGGGCCUCGGAUUGGGCGUGGCGGCGAUGGCGCAAAUGCGUACGGGCCAGGAAGGUGGCAUGUCGGCCAACCAUGGAUCGGCGGGCUUCGGCGACGGAUACGGAGGAGGACCGCAAGGUGGUCCCGGCGGACCGGGUGGACCCCCGCAGGGCGGCAACGAUCAGGUGCGGAGGGGAGGAAGGAAUGGAGGCGGCGGAAGGAUACGCGGCGGAGAGGAUGAGGACGGAAGAGUUAUGGCGAGAGCCGUCAGGAGGAGAUUCUGAGCCCGCGAGGCCCACUUUUCUCUCUUUUUUCCCGUAAAUUUACUGAUCUUGUUCCUCUUUUUCUUGUUAACAUUCUUAUCCGGGGCUGGGCAAUUGACCGGUCGGGGCUUUUGUACUACUAGCAGUAUUCGGAUUGGAUCCAAACUUUGUAGGAAUCUUAUGUUUGGAUUACUGUAAUCGAAAGGCACUCCAUUGCGGUCUAUUCAAGACGCUCUAUCUCAACUGUGCGUAGAGACAUAUUGCCAUGAAUGAACGGUACUGGGACGCUCCUCUAUUACAGUAUUUACGGAGUUGAGAAAUAACGAUUUAAGACUGGAAAGGCCGAUCUUUUACGGCCCUAAAUCGAUAUAUCUGAAAUAGACCCAAAAUACUUCGAGCAAAGUCCAUGAAACCUGCAAAGCUUGGCCCCGAAAGCCCGGCUCGGCCUCUUUCCCAUGCCUAUUUUAACCUGAAUCUCCUCUCUGUCCUCUCCUCGAAGAAUCUCAAAUAUCUCGGCGCAGCAUUCCAUUCCUUUGGGGCCUUAUUUUUUUAAAAGAUAGCAACUUACCACCUUUUUAUCCGAAAAAAUCGACUAAUCUAUCUAAUUAUCUCUUUAAAAAACGCAUUAUUUUCAGUCUUACUGGCGCCGAUGA